AACACCGGAAUUGGUCUCUCCAAUAGCAGAGAGGAACACAAAGGCGGAAGGGCAAGGAGUAGGAGGCGGCCGGAGAAGAUGUCGAAGCGAGGGAGGGGUGGGAGCGCCGGAAACAAGUUCAGAAUGUCCCUCGGUCUGCCGGUGGCGGCGACGGUGAACUGUGCCGACAACACCGGGGCGAAGAAUCUCUACAUAAUCUCCGUGAAGGGAAUCAAGGGUCGACUCAACCGAUUGCCGUCUGCUUGCGUUGGGGAUAUGGUUAUGGCCACGGUGAAGAAGGGGAAGCCGGAGCUGAGGAAGAAGGUGAUGCCUGCCGUCAUUGUCAGGCAGCGAAAGCCCUGGCGCAGAAAGGACGGUGUCUUCAUGUACUUCGAAGAUAAUGCUGGAGUGAUUGUGAAUCCCAAAGGAGAAAUGAAGGGGUCUGCUAUUACUGGUCCUAUCGGAAAGGAAUGUGCUGAUCUAUGGCCAAGAAUUGCUAGUGCAGCCAACGCCAUUGUCUGAGUUGUAUCGAUAUUCGGCCUUGAAAGAUGUUGGUUUAUGUGUGCUUUACCGGCAAACAGGAGAAGGAAGUUAAAAAAUAGUACAAUUCCAUCAUGUUAUCACUCGUAGUUUAGUUGUGUUUACUGUUGGAAUCAAUUUUGCCCUUUUGUUAGUUUUUUUCAGUUGCCUUGUAUCGUAGCAGACUGUUGCAAUCAAUUUUACCAUAUCUUUCUAGAUGCACAAUCACUGCUCAAGGCCAUUGAAUGCAAUUAACUCAGAAUCUCCAGAAUGAUGGCCAGCAGCAUUUUAAGAUAUUAAUGCACAACAUGCAGUGGCAGCGCUAGACGGGCUGGGCUCUGUCAUUGGACACAGGUAUGUUUUGAUGAAACGAUAAUAAAUUCCUAUCUGUGCAAAUGAAAAGGAUUGAUAAUAAAUUCCUAUCUGUGCAUAUGAAAAGGAUUGAAUUCAUCAAUAUGACGUAAAAGUAUUU